AGACAUGGCACCUGUUGAAGUGAGUGUGUGUGCGAACGAGGCCGAAGUCGUCUCGAUGCUGUGCAAACUCAUCGAAACCAAAGCCAACGAAUGCCUCAAAAGAAAUAGCGUCUUUCGAGUCGGUCUUUCCGGGGGCAGCCUGAUCAAGUUCCUGGUGAAGGGUCUGCCUGGGAUCAAGAGCUCCUGGGCCCAGUGGCGCCUGUUCUUCUGCGACGAGCGCCUGGUCCCCUUCGAUCACGAAGAGAGCACCUACGGGGCCUACCUGAGGAACCUGGUCCCUUCCCUCCCCCUCGAUCCCGAUCAGUUCGUCAGAGUGGACCCCAGCCUCAAAGCGCCAGAAGCGGCGAGAGAUUACGCCCUCAAACUGGAGAAGGAGUUUGACGUCUCCCCUCCCUCCCUCCCCAGAUUCGACCUCCUGCUCUUGGGCUUCGGAGAGGACGGACACACCUGUUCCCUCUUCCCGGGACACCCCCUGCUCAAGGAAGAAAAAUUGUGGGUUGCGGGCAUCCAGGACUCCCCCAAGCCUCCCCCCUGCCGUGUGACUCUAACCCUUCCCGUCCUGAACAAUGCCAAGAACGUCGUCUUCGUGACCUUGGGAGAGGGCAAAGCAGAAGCCAUCAAGGAUGUCCUGGAGGGUACCAGUAAGACGCCCGUCUUGCCUGCAGCCAUGGUGAGCCUCAUGGAAGGAGAACUGCGUUGGAUCGUGGACAAAGAGGCUGCCAAGCUGCUGCUGUGAAAAUGCAGCGAAAUGCCCACUCUCGUCUCUGGGGAGCUUCACUCGAACGUGUCCUUUGCUUUAGCAAUAUGUUCUACUAACCAUUGUGCCUUUUUCUUUGUUAACCACUGCGACUCAAUGUAAAAUCAAUAUCGACUCUCGAAACCCCCCGACGCAAAAAUUUUAGACAAUUGUCUAAAACCAAUUGAAAGUUUGAGAUGUAAGCAAAGAAAUGUGCAAUUAAAUAUUGAGUAGGUAAACCUUAG